AUGGGUCGUAUAAUACAAAUAUGCCACAAUAUCGGAAUAAAGUCCGGGGAGAUAAGGCGAACCCAAGCCCGACCGCACACACAUACAACAAAAAUAGAGAAACAAGUUUUAUAUCGUAUUUCAAUAUUAUAUCGAUAUACACCUGAAAGGCCGCGCCACCACUGCGUUGCUGCCGAAAAGUCGUCAUUCACCGUAACACUUCCCGACAGCAGUCAUCGGCGCAACGCAGUUUCCGACCAAGUGUGCAAUGUCCCCAGCCAUGGAGUAGGACAAUUGGAUCGGCCAGGACUGUCCGGAGAUCCGAGGGUGGACAAACCAUGCAACAACAACAAUAGGAACAACAACAGCGGCUGA